AUCAUAGCUCUUCAAAUCGAGUGUGCUGUCGUUCCUGGUCUCUCGUUUUCAUUGCGUGCUCAAGAAUGGCCUACCUGAGCUAUAUGUAUAUUAGACGCAUGUUUUCUCGCUAUCCUGUGAUUGCGCCAAAGGCCGCUGUAGUGAGCGAUGAGAUGCUGGCGAGCGUGGCUGGUUUAGACGUGCUACGCCGUGGAGGCAACGCGGCCGACGCUGCUCUCACCAUGGCAGCCUGCGCGCAGGUUCUGCAGCCAUAUUCCAUCGGCGUUGGAGGCGACUGCUUCGCGCUUCACUAUGACGCCUGUACGAAGAAGGUGCGCUGCGUCGAUGGAUGUGGCCGCAGCCCAGCCGCGUUGACGUUGGAGAUGGUGCAGUCGAGGAGCCCCCAAGACUGGACACGCGAAAGGUACAUGUACGGCUUGCAGGCGACGGUUCCUGGCGCAGUGAAGGCCUGGUUCUACAUCGCCAGUCGUUUCGGCUCAGGCAAGCUCAGCAUGUCAGAUCUGUUGGCGCCCGCAAUCCGCUAUGCUGAGGAUGGCGUCCCUAUGGACCACGUCAAGCAGGCCAUCUUUCGGCACAUGCUCAACGCUCUCCAGCGAAUGCCCGGUGGACGUUUCUUCUUGGGCGGAGACAACAAUGAGCCGCCAAUUGGUAAUUUGAUGGUGAACCGGCCCCUGGCAGCACUUUUGAAGGCAAGUGCAUAA